AUGCGUUACUCAUCCGCCGUCGUGCUAAGCACCCUCGCUGCUGGCUCUGCCGCUGCCUCGCACCUUCACAACCGUCACGCCAGCUUCCACGCGCGCCGUCAAGCUGAGGUCAAGCGCAACGAUGGCGCCCACAACGUGGAUUGGAAUGCCGUAGCCUACUCCCUCAAGGACGUCAAAUGGGAUGAACUCCACUAUGGCGACCACCAUGCCCCUGCUUCUUCCCCUGCCCCCUCUUUACCACCUCCGCCUGUCGCGGCUCCCGAGCAACAGGCUGCGCCCAAACCAAAGCCCAACCCAGCUCCCGCUCCAGAGGUCAAGGUCGAGGCGCGAGUCUCUUCCUCCAGCUCUGCAGCUCCACCUGCUCAGACUCCCGCCCAGCCAUCGCCGUCGCCCAAGCCCAAGCCCGACGACAAGGAGGAUGACAAGAACGACAGCCUCGGUGACAUGAUUGGCGACUUUAUUGAUGAUUUGUUGGAUGGAGUCGAGGCCGUUGCCUCUAGGUUAGGCGCCAAGAUCGGAAAGAACGACAAGCAAAACAACCAUGGCAUCUGGAUCGGAGACGGAAGCGAGUGGAACGCUGUCUUCACAAACGAUGACAGCACUGAUGCCGUCCUCUACUGCUGGAAGGCCAACGGCUUCUCUGGAAUGUCCGUCAAUGUGAAUGUGCCUGAAAUCUCCGUCAGCCUAAAGAGCGGCAAGAGUGUUACUCUUUCCUUCGCCCCCAAUGUUCCCGCAGCCUGCGCCCCCAUCUACCCCGAUACCGAGCUCGCCAUCUUCGGUGGCAUUCAAAACACGUGGUGGGAGGUUACUUUUGGCGAAAAUGGUUGCCAUGAUGUCUCCCGCAAUGUCUUCAUGAAGGGCAACCGUAUCCACGCCAAGGGCUCCAAGUGUGUAUCCGACAUGGAAAUUUGCGUCUACAAGUGCAAGGACCCCAACGCUCCUUUCUGCAAGGAAGGCCACGAAUACGACCUCUUCAACUGCACUGCAAGCAACGGUGGUGGUGGCGGCUACGACGUCGUCAUGGCCGGUACUGGUGGUGGUUGUGCCAUGGGCGCCAACGGCGAGACCGUCCACGUCACCAUCUCGAGGUAA